UUCAGCAAUAGGUGCUAUAGGUUCUAAUGUAUUAUCACCCUGCAUCUAUCAUGUGUAUGUGGCAAUGAUAGAUGAACAUUUGAUCCUCAUUUUGUUGAAUCUAUAUUUAAAAAUUAAGCAAUAAUAAAAGCAGGGUGGAUUUUCUUUAAAAAAAGCAGGGUAGGUGGUUAUUCCUUUUUUGAGUGGGAUUCACGUUCUACUCACAACAACUUCGACGAACCUUCUUUCUUAUUCAAUUUUGGCAGCCGACUCUUUUUAUCAUCAUCAUAAGAAUAGUUAAAAAAAAAAAUGUCUUCAUAAGAAACGAGAUCUCUCUGUGCUACAACACACAUCUAAAUGAUGAGCACCCAUUGUUUAAAACUCGUUUCUGAAUGCUUUAUCAAACCUUAUCCUCCAAUUGAAGACUCAAAGCAAAUUUGCUAUUUAGCACCUUGGGAUAUUGUCAUGUUGUCUGCGAAUUAUAUCCAAAAGGCCCUUCUCUUCAAAAAACCAACUUCAUCACUAAACCAACAGCAUUUCAUUGACAAACUCAAACACUCCCUUUCCCUCACACUUUUCCAUUUCUAUCCCCUCUCAGGUCGUCUUGUUACUAAAAAAUCCGAAGAUCCUCAUUCUUACACUGUUUUUGUCGAUUGCAAAAACAGUCUCGGAGCUAAAUUUAUUCAUGCAACUUUAGAUAUUACCAUCAAUGAUAUUCUCUCACCAAUUGAUGUCCCACCCAUUGUUCAUUCAUUCUUUGACCAUCACAGAGCAGUCAACCAUGAUGGACACACCAUGUCUUUGUUGUCCAUUCAAGUCACUGAAUUAUUAGACGGUGUUUUCAUAGGUUGUUCCAUGAACCACGCUGUUGGUGAUGGAACUGCUUAUUGGAAUUUCUUUAAUACACUUUCUGAGAUAUUUCAAAAGGUUGUUGAUGUUGAUGUUCAUAUUCCUGUUCCUAUUUCACACCAACCUAUUCACAAUAGAUGGUUUCCUGAAGGCUAUGGUCCAAUUAUCAACCUUCCUUUCAAACAUCACGACGAGUUUAUUCAUAGAUAUGAAGCACCUAUUUUGAGAGAGAGAAUCUUCCAUUUUUCAGCAGAGUUUAUAGCAAAACUCAAAGCAAAGGCAAACAAAGAGUGCGAGACAACGAAAAUCUCUUCGUUUCAAUCUUUAUCUGCACUAGUUUGGAGAUCUAUAACUCGUGUGCGUCGACUACACCAUGAUCAGAGAACGACUUGCAAAUUGGCUAUAAACAACCGAACGAGAAUGGAACCGUCUCUUCCUAAGGAAUAUUUUGGGAAUUCAGUUUACGCAGUGAGCACUGAAACAACAAAAGGUGAGUUGCUGGAGAAUGGACUAGGAUUGGCAUCAUGGAAGAUUCAUCUAGCUAUUGCAAAAUAUGAUCACAGAGUUGUGCGACAAUUAGUGGAAGAGUGGUUGCGGUCUCCUAUAGUGGUUCGAAUGGACAUGUUGGUUGAUCCUUACUCUGUGAUGAUGGGUAGUUCACCAAGGUUUAAUAUGUAUGGGAGUGAAUUUGGAAUGGGAAAAGCUUUGGGAGUUAGAAGUGGAUAUGCUAACAAGUUUGAUGGAAAAGUAACAUCAUAUCCAGGUCAAGAAGGAGGAGGGAGCGUUGAUCUUGAAGUGUGUCUUUCGCCGGAGAAAAUGACGUUGCUAGAAACCGAUGAAGAGUUCAUGAAUUCAGUUUCUGUGUUUAAUCCUUUGUUCUAGUUUUGAGUAUGCUAGUGCUGUGUAAAUUUCUUUUACACUUCAUCAGACAAAGGGCACAUUGUAACAUUUUAAAAAUAACAGCCAAAUAAAUGAAGGAAAAUUCUACGGUGAAGUCGUAAGAAUGAUUUUUUUGGUGAA